AUGUCGGGAAGCGGCAAGAGGGAUUUGUCCCAGUUCAACUACGGAGCUAUCAGUAGUCUCGUCGUCAACCAGGAUCGAUCCGUGAUCAGGAGCGAUGAGCCUACCGGACAGCCCGAGUCGCUUGUUGGACGAAUCAGUGUAAAGGACAUGGGAUCACGCGUUCAGCAUGAAGCUCCGAAGGAUCUUGAGAAGAAGAAGGCCAAGGCUCAGCGAUCGCAAGCCGAGGCCGAGGAGCGCGCCAUCCGCCGUGCGCAGGAGGCUUCAACAGCGCGCUUUGGAGCUGCCGACGUUCUCGCCUCUGUCGCCGAGAUGGAAGGGCUGCGGUAUCGGCCGCGUACCGCUGAGACCAGCGAGGUCUAUGAGCUCCUGCUCGGCCUCGUCCACCGCCAGCUCGGAGACCAGACGUCCGAGGUCGUGCGAUCCGCCACUGACACCAUUCUCGAGUCGCUCAAGGACGAGGACAUGAAGGAGUUUGACAAGCGCAAGGAGGUCGAAUCGAUUGUCGGAUCCGUCACGGAGGAUGCCUGGGGCCAGCUUGUCAACCUCAGCAAGAAGAUCACCGACUACACCGAGGAAGAGGAGGGACCGACCGGCGACGACCGCGAGCGUGCUGUCGACAACGAGGGUGUCGCCGUUUUGUUCGAGGACGAUGACGACGAUGACGAGGAGGACUUUGAGAUCAAGAACCGCGCCUCUGACGACGAGGAUGAGGAUGAGGACGAGGACGAGGACAAGGAAGAGGAGGAAGCCGAGGCCGAGCCUAUGGACGAGGAUGACGCCGUCGUGGUCGGCAAGUCUGGAACGAAGCAGAAGGAGAAGUCGGACAAGGUUUCACCGCACGAGGUGGAUGGGUUCUGGCUCCAGCGUCUCAUCGGCUCCUACUACCCCGACCCCGUCCAGGCUGCCGACUUCACGCAGCAGGCUCUCGAUCUUCUCGGCUCGGAGGCUGAGCUCCGCGACCUUGAGAACUCUCUCGCCGAGAUGUUCGGUUACGAACACUUCGACCUCAUUGCGACGCUCACGAAGAACCGCGACGUGAUCGUGUGGUGCACCAAGCUCGCACGUGCGGACGAGAACGGCCGUCAGGACAUCGAGGUGGCGAUGCGUGAGCGUGGUGUGGGAUGGAUUCUGCGCGACUUGCGCGGCGGACGGAAAGACGAGCAGGAGGACCAGGCUAUCGUCGUCCCCAAGAAGGCUACUCUCGCUCCUGGGUCGGUCGCGCAGCCGCAACGAGUCAUCGACAUCGACUCAUUGGUCUUCUCUGAAGGUGGACACCUCAUGUCCCGCAAGAAGGUCAAGCUUCCGGAAGGCUCGUUCAAGCGUCAGUUCAAGGGAUACGAGGAGAUUCACGUCCCGGAGCCGAAGCGCCGCGAGCUGCAGCCCGGAGAGCUCGUACCCGUCACGGCGAUGCCCGAUUGGACGCAGCCGGUGUGGCAGAGCGUGAACGCGACCAAGCUCAACCCGAUCCAGAGCAAGGUCUACCCGAUUGCCUUUGAGACCAACGAGCCGAUGCUUAUCUGUGCGCCCACUGGUGCCGGUAAGACGAACUGUGCCGCGCUCGCCAUGCUCCGCACAAUCGGCCAGUUCCGGGAUCCUGAGACUGGACACAUCGACCUCGACUCGUUCAAGAUUAUCUACGUCUCGCCCAUGAAGGCGCUUGUGCAGGAGCAGGUUGCUGCUUUCAGCAAGCGUUUCAAGGACCUUGGCAUCAAGGUUGCCGAGCUCACCGGUGACUCGCAGCUCACCAAGCAGCAGAUCACGGAGACGCAGAUUAUCGUUACGACUCCCGAGAAGUACGACGUUAUUACCCGUAAGGCUACCGACACGAGCUACACCAACCUCGUCCGUCUCAUCAUCGUUGACGAGAUCCACUUGCUCCACGAUGACCGUGGACCGGUCCUCGAGUCGAUCCUCUCGCGUACUAUCCGCAAGAUGGACCAGACCCGUGAUGAGGUUCGUGUCGUUGGUCUUUCCGCCACGCUUCCGAACUACAAGGAUGUCGCCGCCUUCCUCCGUGUCGACACCAAGAAGGGUCUCUUCUACUUUGACGCUUCGUACCGACCAGUCGGCCUCAAGCAGCAGUUCAUCGGUGUUACGGAGAAGAAGGCUAUCAAGCGUCUUCAGACGAUCAACGAGGUGUGCUACGAGAAGGUUCUGAACCAGGCUGGCAAGUCGCAGACACUUGUGUUCGUGCACUCGCGAAAGGAGACUGCCAAGACGGCCAAGUUCCUCCGCGACAUGGCCAUGGAGAAGGACACUCUGACCCAGUUUAUCAACCCCGAGGGCGCCUCUCGUGAGGUCCUCAUUCACGAGGCGAACGAGUGCAAGGAUCUCAACCUCAAGGACCUUCUGCCCUUUGGUUUCGGUAUCCACCACGCCGGUAUGAGCCGCGAGGACCGUACCGUUGUCGAGGACCUCUUCCUCGAGGGUCACAUCCAGGUGCUCGUCUGUACCGCCACCCUCGCUUGGGGUGUCAACCUGCCCGCCCACACGGUUAUCAUCAAGGGCACCCAGGUGUACAACCCUGAGAAGGGUCGCUGGUCCGAGCUUUCGCCGCAGGACGUGCUGCAGAUGCUCGGUCGUGCCGGACGACCGCAGUUCGACACUUUCGGAGAGGGUAUCAUCAUCACGAACCACGGCGAGCUGCAGUACUACACCAGUCUGAUGAACCAGCAGCUCCCGAUCGAGUCGCAGUUCGUCUCGCGUCUCAUCGACAACCUCAACGCCGAGAUUGUCCUGGGCUCGGUUCGCAACCGCGACGAGGGUGUGCAGUGGCUUGGUUACACCUACCUUUACGUGCGCAUGCUCGGAUCGCCUGGUCUCUACAACGUCGGUGCCGACUACCUCGAGGGCGACGCCGCUCUCGUCCAGAAGCGUGCGGACCUCAUCCACUCCGCCGCUGUUCAGCUCGAGAAGGGCGGCCUCAUUCGCUACGACCGCGCCACCGGCGUCUUCCAGUCGACCGACCUCGGCCGUAUCGCCUCGCACUACUACAUCACGUACUCGUCCAUGGCGACUUACAACAAGCACCUCAAGCCCGGACUCGGUCUCAUCGACCUGUUCCGUGUCUUCGCGCUGUCCAACGAGUUCAAGCUCAUCCCAGUUCGUCAGGAGGAGAAGCUGGAGCUCGCCAAGCUGCUCGAGCGUGUUCCGAUUCCCGUCAAGGAGAGCGUUGACGAGCCGGUCGCCAAGGUCAACGUGCUCCUUCAGGCGUACAUCUCGCAGCUCAAGCUUAGCGGUUUCGACAUUGUCACCGACAUGGUCUUCGUUCAGCAGUCUGCUGGUCGUAUUCUGCGCGCCAUGUUUGAGAUUUGUCUGAAGAAGGGAUGGGCUCAGCCGACCCACCUCGCCCUCGAUAUGUGCAAGAUGGUUGAGCGCAGGAUGUGGAAGGCCAUGUCCCCCCUCCGCCAGUUCCCUCGCAUCCGUCCCGAGAUCGUCACCCGUGCCGAGCGCAAGGAGUUCCCGUGGCACCGCUACUUUGACCUCGACGCCGCGGAGCUUGGCGAGCUGAUUGGUCUCCCCAAGUCUGGUCAGAUGAUCGAGUCGCUCGUGCACAAGUUCCCGCGCCUUGACCUGCAGGCGCACGUGCUCCCGCUCACCCGCUCGCUGCUCAAGAUCAACCUGACGAUCACCCCCGACUUCGUCUGGGACUACGACAUCCACGGCCAGACCCAGCUUUUCUGGAUCCUCGUCGAGGACGUUGAUGGCGAGCGCAUUCUUUUCCACGACACCUUCGUGCUCCGCGAGAAGUUUGCCACGGAUGAGCACUACGUCACCAUCACCGUGCCGAUCUCGGAUCCCGUCCCGCCCAACUACUAUAUCUCGGUCAUUUCGGACCGCUGGAUGCAGAGCGAGACGCGCCUGCCCGUCUCGUUCCAGCACCUGAUCCGUCCCGAGCCUUUCCCUCCCCACACUCCUCUGCUGGACCUCCAGCCCCUCCCCGUCUCGGCGCUGCACAACAAGGCGUUCGAGAACCUCUACCCCUUCAAGUCGUUCAACAAGAUCCAAACGCAGGUCUUCCAGGCGCUCUUCACGACCGACGACAAUGUCUUCAUCGGUGCCCCUACCGGUUCUGGCAAGACGUUCUGCGCCGAGUUCGCCCUCCUCCGUCUCUGGAGCCAGCGCGACCCGCCGCGCGCCGUUUGCAUCGAGCCGUACCAGGAGAUGGUCGACAUGCGCGUUGCCGAGUGGUCGGAGAAGUUCAAGCCGCUCAACAAAGAGGUUGUUGCGCUCACUGGCGAGGCGACCGCUGACCUGGCUCUCCUCCGCAAGUCUGACAUCACCGUGUGCACGCCCGCACAGUGGGACCUUCUCUCGCGCCGAUGGAAGUCGCGCAAGGACGUGCAGGAGAUUGGUCUUCUCAUCGCCGACGAGCUCCAGCUCAUCGGUGGCGAUGUCGGCUCCACGUACGAGGUCAUUGUCUCGCGUACCCGCUAUGUUUCGCAGCAGACCGGCAAGCCGACUCGUAUCGUGGCCUGCUCAGUCUCUCUCGCCAACGCCCGUGACCUCGGAGACUGGAUCGGCGCGUCGUCGCAGAACGUGUUCAACUUCUCGCCGGCUGCCCGUCCCCUCCCUCUCGAGGUGCACCUCCAGAGCUUUAAUGUCCCUCACUUCCCGUCGCUCAUGCUGGCCAUGGCCAAGCCCGCGUACCUGUCCAUGGUCGAGAACGCCAAGGGACGGCCGACGAUCAUUUUCGUCGCGAGCCGCAAGCAGUCCAAGCUCACGGCCAACGACCUCGUCACGUACGUGCUCGCCGACGACGAUGAGCAGCGUUUCCUCAACGUCGACCCCGAGGAGCUCGCGCCGCACCUGGACCGCCUCGAUGACCAGGAGCUCGCUGAGACUCUGAGGUACGGUAUCGGCUACUACCACGAGGCGCUCAGUAAGAAGGACAAGCGCAUCGUGACCGGUCUCUUUGACACUGGCGCCAUCAAGGUGCUCGUCGCGAGCAAGGACACGGCGUGGUCUCUCCCCGUCUCGUCCUACAUGGUCAUCAUCAUGGGCGUGCAGUACUUUGACGGCCAGGAGCACCGCUACGUCGACUACGCCAUCGCGGACGUGCUGCAGAUGAUGGGCCGCGCGUGCCGACCGACGAUUGACAGCUCGUCUCGCUGUGUCCUCAUGUGCCAGCAGACGCGCAAGGACUUCUUCAAGAAGUUCCUGAACGAGGCGCUGCCGGUGGAGUCGAGCUUGCCGAGCUACCUGCACGACCAUUUCAACGCCGAGAUUGUUGCGCGCACGAUCGAGAACAAGCAGGAGGCGGUCGACUGGUGCACGUGGACGUGGUUCUACCGCCGCCUCGCGCAGAACCCGGGCUUCUACAACCUGCAGGGCACGUCCCCGACCCACGUCGCCGAGUACCUGUCCGAGCUUGUCGAGAACACGGUCAACGACCUCGCCGAGUCAGACUGCAUCAUUGUGCAGGAUGACAUGGACCUUCUCCCGAAUAACCUGGGCAUGAUUGCGUCCUUCUACUACAUCUCGUACAUCACUGUCGAGACGUUCUCCGCCUCGAUCAAGGACACGACCAAGCUCAAGGGUUUGCUCGAGAUUGUCUCGUCUGCCAACGAGUUCGAGACCGUGCCCAUUAGGCAUCACGAGGACUCGAUCCUGUCCCGCAUCUACGACCGCGUCCCCGUCAAGGUCGCCAAGCCCGAUUUCCACUCCCCGUACUUCAAGACGUACCUCCUGCUGCAGGCGCACUUCAGCCGCCUGCACCUGCCCCCCGACCUCGUCAUCGACCAGGCCGCCAUCCUCGGCAAGGUCACUGGCCUCCUGUCUGCGUGCGUGGAUGUCAUGUCGUCCAAGUCGUACCUCAAUUGUCUCGGCGCCAUGGACCUGUCGCAGAUGUGCGUGCAGGCCAUCUGGGAUCGCGACUCGCCGCUCAAGCAGGUGCCGUACUUUGACGGCCCCGUGCUGCAGCGGUUCAAGGACGCGGGUCUCGACAGCGUCUACGACAUCAUGGAGCUGGAGGACGACCAGCGCAACGAGCUGCUGCAGAUGAACGACCGCCAGUUGGCGCGUGUGGCCAAGUUCGUCAACUCGUACCCGAACAUUGAAGUCGCAUACGAGGUGGAGGACGCGGACAGUCUCGACUCCUCGACGCCAGUCACGCUCAAGGUCACGCUGGACCGCGAGGCGGACGAAGACGACCCCGACGACAUGGCGGCCGACGCGCCCCUCUUCCCGCACCGCAAGAUGGUGCAAUGGUGGCUCGUUGUGGGCGACGCCAAGUCCAAGAACCUCUACGCCAUCAAGAAGGUCACGGUCAAGGCGCGUCUCAAUGCCAAGCUCGAGUUUACGCUCCCGCAGGGCACGCACAACCUCAAGCUGUACUUGAUCAGUGACAGCUACUCGGGCGCAGACCAGGACUUUGACCUCGACCCGCUCGUCGUGGCCGAGGGGGAGAGCAGCGAUGAGGACGAGAGUAUGGAUGAGGACGACUAG